GUCCUCGACCGGCUCGACUAGAAGACGAAGGGGGCGGCUCCCCGGCUUCCUGCGGCGUCGGUGGCGAGCUGAGGUGGGAGCGGGUCGCGGCAGCGAAGGCGACAGCGGUGGCGGCGGCGCCAUGGCGGGGCUCGCAGGAUCCCUGCUGCCUUGGUGAUCCCGGGCUGACAGCCAGAGAGCACAGCGGCUCAGCUCCUGGAGAGCGAGGGUUGAAGAAAGCAGAGGGCAGCCGACCGCGCCCGCUAGCUCCUGUUAGGUCGGUUCCUGCAGCGGUGCCCGGUGGCCUUGGCGAAGGCCCUGUCCGGCAGAGAUCAUGUAUUGCCUCCAGUGGCUGCUGCCCGUCCUCCUCAUCCCCAAGCCCCUCAACCCCGCCCUGUGGUUCAGCCACUCCAUGUUCAUGGGCUUCUACCUGCUCAGCUUCCUCCUGGAGCGGAAGCCUUGCACAAUUUGUGCCUUGGUUUUCCUGGCAGCCUUGUUCCUCAUCUGCUAUAGCUGCUGGGGAAACUGUUUCCUGUACCACUGCUCCGAUUCCCCGCUUCCAGAAUCGGCGCAUGACCCCGGUGUCGUGGGCACCUAACAGCCAGCCCAGUUAGCUUUCCAAGGAAGCAGAAGACGGGAGGGGAGGCAUUGACAUAGGUCAUAAAGCAUUGGAGUUUCAAAUCCCGCAGUCCCGCGGGUGCCACAUUCCUGACGGCGCCUUUUUGGCCUGUGAUGUUUUAUCCUUAUAAUGUGAAUAAUGGGCACUGACCGGUGCUUUUAUCGUAGAGUCCUGUAGUCGUGGGUGGUCUUGUGGUUGUGUGUGUUCUGUCCCCAUCUUGGCCCCCGGCUGGCAGGAUGGCCACCCCGCUCGCCGCAUUCCCGUGAGGCAUCUGCACCCAUCCUGGUCAACUGCCCCAGCAUGACCGGGGCAGAUAAAAUGCCAGUCUCAUUGUCACCUCUGUCCUCCCUUCUGAGUAUUACUGACUCCUCCGUCCCUCUCUUGGCUUCCUGUAAGUUCUCUUUACCCCUUUCCUUUUUUGGGGAGCACCUGUUCAAGACAGGGCUUGUUUUUGCACUUAUCUCGAAUAUAAAGAGAUUGCUGACGCCCGAGAGCCUCGCUUUUUCAUCUUUCUUUCCCUGCCGACAGGCUAGACAGCACUAUGUCUCACCUGCUGGCCACAGAUCUUCAGUAUUUUCCCCACUUCAUUUUGAAGGAAGAAGUAACAGAUAACAUGUUGCUCUUUCAUCCAGGAGUCUGGGCUCCUGCUCAGCCACCCAGCUUCGCUUCCUUUGCCCUUCCUCCUGCCUCUCAACUGUCGUGAGGAGGGGGGCCUCAUUGUGUCUCCCAUGCAUGCGCUGCAGGAUUGAUGUACAGUGUGUUUAUGUAGAUGUAGCAGUCCCCAGCUGAGUGAAUGGGAGCGUACUUGUGUGAUUCAUGACAGCCAGGAUCCCCUCGAUAGGUGUUUGGAUAUUUUUUGGUGUGGUGUGCUGUGCGUGCUGCGUGUGUGUUUACGUACCUGUACAAGUACAUGUUGUAAAUCCCUUUUAAAGAAGCUUUAUCGAACGUGUUCUGAUUUUGAGGUGUCACAAUAGCUAGCUCGUAGGUGCCGCUACAGUGUGUAUUUAGCAUGGGGAUUGCAGAGUGACCAGCACACUGGACUCCAAGGUGGUUCAGACGAGACAGAGGCGAGCAGUGGCCAUCGCCCUCAUCCAGGAGUUUCUCCGGUCCUGCGCGUGUAUAGACUGUACCUUAUGAAGAAUACACAGGAAGACUUUGUGACUGUCACUUGCUCUUUUCUUUUCUCUGCGCUUCAGUAAAAGUGUCGGCAAAUGAGACUGUCUCCUGGCCCAUGCCCACUGGGGAUCAGCAUGGUUGUCCCUCCAGUCUAAAGCAUCCAUCUUUCUCUUGCCUGAAGCGGGAGGGAGGUGGGCCAGGCAGAGGACAGAACUGGAGGCAGUCCAUCUAGGGAAUGGGACCUCAAGGCCACACUUGUGGGACAUUUGGACUGUUGUUCUGGAGCUUUUAUUUCUGGUGUGUUCGUUGCACAGCUGUUUGAAAUGUUUAAUAAAGCUUUAUAAACUUUA